CGAUGAACGAACGAUCUCUUCAGAGGAGAAAGCCAAUCCCGAUGGAGUAUUUUGAAGAUCCGAUUUGUAGAGACGUUCCGACUUUUGUUUCCUCUUUUGUUGACUCCUUCGUCGACUUCUCCGUCAGCGGGGGUCUCUUCUUACCGCCGGCGAGUCCUCCUCCAGCUUCACAGAAUGCGCCGGCGAACCCAUCGUCCUCGCAGCUGCAUACCUGGUUAUCUUCUCCGGAGCGCCUAAUUGCUGUUGGAGACCUUCAUGGCGAUCUUUCAAAGUCCAAGGAAGCGCUGAGACUUGCUGGAUUGAUUGAUGGCUCUGGAAGAUGGAUUGGUGGGUCCGCCACCGUGGUCCAGAUCGGUGAUGUGCUUGACCGCGGCGGCGAUGAGCUUAAGAUUUUGUAUUUUCUCGAGAAGCUUAAGCGAGAAGCAGCCAAGGAUGGUGGAAUGAUCAUCACCAUGAAUGGAAACCAUGAAAUCAUGAACGUUGAAGGUGAUUUUAGGUACGUGACCAAGGAAGGGUUGGAAGAAUUUAGGGCUUGGGGAGACUGGUUCUCCGUUGGGAACAAAAUGAAGGCUCUUUGCGUUGGGUUAGAAACACCUAAAGAUCCAUUCCAAGGACUGCCUACGGCUUUCCGUGGUGUUAAGGAAGAGUUUCAUCCUGGAUUUCGUGCUAGAAUCGCCGCUCUCCAUCCCAACGGUCCGAUUUCAAGCCGUUUCCUGUCGCAGAACACGACCGUACUCGUCGUCGGAGAAUCGGUGUUCGUUCACGGUGGCCUUUUGCCGGGACACGUGUCAUAUGGGUUGCAACGGAUUAAUGAAGAGGUGAGAGAUUGGAUUAAAGGAUUGUCAGGCAAAUUCGCUCCGGACUAUUGUCGUCGUAGCAACGCCGUUGUUUGGCUGAGAAAAUUUUCCGAUGAAUCUGCGACGAAUUGCGACUGUUCUUUGCUAAAGCAUGUUCUGGAUACGAUUCCCGGAGCGAAGAGGAUGAUAAUGGGCCACACAAUUCAGAUGGCCGGAAUCAAUGGCGUCUGUAAUAACCAAGCAAUUCGAAUUGAUGUUGGUAUGUCGAAGGGCUGUGCUGAUGGCUUUCCUGAAGUUUUGGAGUUCAUUGGGAAUUCUCCGCCGCGUAUAUUGACAUCAAAUCCUUAUAUGAAACAGUAUACAAACUCUCUAAAUGUUGAUACUAAGGAUGGGCUGGGUCUGUUGCUUCAUGAACAUGGACAAAAACAAGUGGAGGUUAAGGCUUAGAAUUUGCAAGAAUUGAUUCUGGGUCUGACAUCAGAAAGACGUUGAGUAACUUGCAACGCUUCGAGAUGCUGAAGUAUUUGCUUUAUGCUCGGACGAUUUCUUGGAAAGAAUUCUAUACUGUGCAUUCCCAGCUCCGUGAGUUUGAUCCCCUCUUCCGUGCUGUAACCCCAGUCUUUUUGCAAGCUUUCAUGAACAAGUGAAACAUUUGGUCUAUAUUCAUUCUUUGCCCAAAUGCUCACUGAGCUGUUUACAACUUCUUGAUGAUUUUGUUUUCCCAAACUCUGAGGCUCAACAUCUCUUUUGGCUAUAAGUCCCAGCAGAAUUUCCCCCAAGGAAUAUACAUCAGAGCUCACUUUUCCUUCA